UAACCUGCCAAGUUUUGUUUACCUGUCACUUAACCUUUCAAAACCGUCAAAUUAACCCAAAAAACAUCGGAAGCAACCACAAAAAUGAGUAUCCUCCCAUAUUUAUUAUUAAUAUUACUCGAAAUACACUCAUCGAAAGCCUGCAAAGGUUGCUUAUCAAUCGACGAAUACAACAUCGACAAAAUCAUUCCCAAAUUUAAAGCAUCUCUAAUCAAAUUCGAUAUUGCUUAUCCCUACGGAGAUAAGCACGAUGAAUUCGUGAAAUUCGCCGAUGAAGUAACAAAAGUAAAGGAAUUAAUCGUUGGGGAAGUGGGAGUAAAAGAUUAUGGAGAUAAAACAAAUUUUGAAUUGGCCAAAACGUACGGGAUCAACACCAAGGAGGAUCUUCCCAAAGUUAAGUUGUUUUUGGGUGAUUUAAACGAAGAACCAAUCCCGUUUAUUAACGAAUUCACCGUGGAGAAUUUCAGGGAUUUCAUACGAGAUAACACAAAUUUGUAUUUGGGGUUAUCCGGUUGUGUGGAAACUUUUGAUAAAUUAGCCAAAGAAUUUAUGUUGAGCCAAGAUAAAAAUAAUAAAUAUAAUCAAGUUUUAGAGGUAGCCGAAAGUGUUGUGGGGAAAGAAAAGGUUUCUGCAAAGAUUUAUUUGCAAUUUAUGAAGAAGGUUAUUGAUAAUGGAGUUGGGUUCGUUCAACAAGAACAGUUGAGGUUAAAUAAGAUUAUUAAGGAAGGGAAGAUUAAUAGUAAGAAGAAAGAGGAGUUGGGGGAGAGAUUAAACGUUUUGCAUUCGUUUAAAUUAGCUAAAGAUGAACUUUAGAGGUUAAAAAUUCUUUGACACAUUCCAAUUUUGAUGUUCCUUUUUAUUCUGUUUAAGUUUUUUUGUUGUGUGUAGAUUUUUGGGAUUAAAUAAAAUGAUUUUUAAUAUUU